AUGGAACCGCUUUACUGCUGCCAGGAAGAGCAAACCAGCCCGGGGCCACAAAGGCUCCCUCGCGUGAAGGACCUGCGCGGAUCACAGGAAGAGGUCUCAUAUUUGGACAAGUGCCGAAGGCGGUGCGUGGAGGAGGGGCUAGAAAACAAUACGGUUCGUCGCGCGGUAUGGCGUCAUGUGGUGCUGGGCCUCGACAGGCCGAUGCGCGUGUUUUGUGUCCAAGAGAGCCGCUCCGAGGGAAGUAGUCAAGGCCCAUCCAGCGCAACGAGUGUGGACACGCCAAGGCUGAGAACAACUGCCAUUGAAAAGGAAGAAUGUGUCGAAAGUGGUAAAAAAACGGUAGACUUGCAGAAAUCUUUAGACAACUGCGACUUGCGUGUCAUUCAGGUGGAUGUGCAGAGAUCACUUUGGUUGCUAUAUCGCGACCAUUCAAAGCGGGAAAUCAUGCGUGAUGUUUUGAAGAACCUAUUGCAGCAUGUGCUUUUAAAUAAUAGUGAGCGGCACUAUUAUCAAGGGUUACACGAGCUGAUGGGCUUUGUUAUGUACGUUAUGGAGGGAGCUUCGAUGAAUGUGUUGGCUGCCGUCUGUGAGAGUCUACUUCGAGUACAAUGGAAAUCUUUCAGUGACAAGAAACUGAGGCAGUCCGAGUCGAUGCUCUACGCUGUUCAUGCAGUGCUGGCAGAAGAGGACGUGGAACUUGCCACCACAUUGGAGUCCUGCGGUGUCGCUCCCGAGUCGCACUACAUUGUGGGAUGGCUUAUCACGUGGUAUACGCACGUUUGUGAGGAUACGAAAGUCGUUGCCCGUCUGUUUGAUUUUCUUAUUGGCCACGCGGAUGAGCACACAGUCAUAUUCUUUACCGCCGCUUUGCUGCUACACGAGAGGGAACGCAUCAUAGGGUACGUCCGAGAGGCACGCGCAGGUGCCGAGGAUGAUGAUGACAAUCUGACGAUCAUGGCCAACGUGUACAAGCAACUCACACGACUCCCAAAGGAAGUUUUAACGACUAGGAAUUGGGUGGCUUUUGGGGAGAUGCUGCGUCACACCGUUGCACUUCAAGGGAAGCACUUGGCGUGCGUUAAGGAAGCGCGGGAGGAAUUUCUUCGGGGUAAUGUGAAGAAACGUGGGAUGCUGGCAGACGAACGAACACGAAACUCCGCACUGAAGCUUUUGUGGUCCUUCUUGUUCCGUGAGUGGCGCAAGCCUUGGAAGGGUAAGCAUAUAUCAGUGCCUUUAAUGGGCGCUGUGCUCUUUGGUGUGUUUGCCGUGGCAGUGAGCUUGACAACUUGUGAUUCUGUUCAACUUAUUAUGCGGAAUUAUUUCUCUUUCGAUGAGUGA